GACGGACAGUCUCCAGGAAGCUGAGCGUCCUAGGCGAGGCAAGGCAAGGUGACGCACUUCUCUGUAGAGUCCAAUCAACUGACCAGAGAGGCGAAUGGUGUUUAAAAACAAGAACCUGGAUGAGUUACGCUCUUUCAUGAGCGAAGAUGCAUGGAGCAAUCCUCCCAGGGUCCACACACGCCACUGCACCACUCCACAGACCCAGCAGAGGCAGCGGCAGUGAGUGCCAGCAACAGCACCAGCUCAGGAAGGCAACUUUUAGGGAGACGGAUUUGGAGAGGACUAUCUGAUUUAACGGCAGACACCCCAUAAAUCUCUGGAAUCCACAUGAAAAUUGCCCCAAGAAAUGAUGCCCAUUGGAGGACUGUGGUUUUCAGCAACACCUGGAGACGAUGAAGAAACACUGGCUUGACGCGGAGUGAAAUUCCCACUAGCAGAUUCCCUGUGUUUGGUUUCCCUCAGAGGACCCCUGCUGUGUGGGGGAGACACCGGGGUCAGGGACCUCGUGGCCACACGUUACACCAGCGUGGACAUUUCAGUAUGGUGCUCAGGAAUCCCACCAGCAUUGCAUUAUAAUGCACAUAUGGAUGCUGACAUGGAACCUGCCAAAUUUGCUCUUUGGACUGUACUUGCAUACCUUCAUCCUAGUGGGCAGUGUGUUGUUGGCUUGCAGUGAUAGGACCCCGGAGCAACUGGCUGCAAUUACGAACUGUUCCAAACAUGAACGGCACACCAGAAACUAUGACUACAUGGAGGGAGGAGAUGUACGGAUCCGGAGACUGUUCAGCGGAACGCAGUGGUUUCUUACCAUCGAUGAUUCCGGCAUCAUCAGUGGAACGCAAGACCCCACCAACUGCUACAGUAUUCUAGAAAUCCGUACGGUCUCAGAGGGUGGCGUGCUAGCAAUCAAAGGUGUGAAGAGCAAGUACUACAUAUCCAUGAAUCGAACUGGAAUGCUGAGAGGCAAGAAAGAGUACAAUGAAAGCUGCAACUUCAAGGAGGUGUUCCUAGAAAAUUUCUACUCAGCAUAUUCGUCAGCCAAGUGGACAAAGCAGAAUGGCACAGAGAUGUUUAUAGCACUGUCACAACGAGGGAAGCCUUUGCGAGGGCGGAAAACACGCAAGGAGCACAUAUCGUGUCACUUCUUACCCAGAGAGUGUAAAGAGGAUGACAAGCAAGUGGACUGAAAGCUCAACUGUUCUUCACUGCCAAGGAGUCCGAGAUAAAGCCACUGCUGCUCCAGUUUGUAAAAAAAAAACAUCCACACAUCAUAUUCAUUCUGAACAAUGUAGUCCAGCAUAACAGUAGGCCUACACAGGAUAUCAUUCAACACAUUCUGGCUAUAUUUUGUGUUAUUGGAAACAACGAGAAGGCUGACUUCUUAAUAUAUGAAUUGACCUAUUACAACAUGAAUUGUAUUUCCAUUGUGUGUUUUUGAAUGUAUUAUAUUUAUUGCAUUUAUAACAGAGCCUUCAUUAAAUUGCAAAUAUAGUUAUAUUAUAUAGUAAAUAAAGUUAGCAAACAAAGGCAGUGAUAGUUAUUAAAAACAGUUUUCAAAAGAUCAAGCCAAAAGGCCUUACAAAAUAAUUCUUUCCAAUGUUUUAAUUGUGAAAGACAGCAAACCAGUUAUAGUAUUAUUAUUAUUAUUAUUAUUAUUAUUAUUAUAAUAAACUAAACAUAAAUCACAUAAGAUACCUAUAGUAUUAAGCUGUGCAUUUACAUCAAAAUUCCACGGUAUAAAAGAUACUGUCAAUUCAGUGUGUAACAACUAGCUCACAUUCUUGUAUCUUUUGGGUGGCAUUUACUAUGUUGAAAUGCAAUUAGCUCAUACUGAGUAGCAUACUUACAAACAUUUGAGAAACUGAAAUGAGUUGUUUUUGAGUAAUUUAGUAGGAAUACUGUAAAUAAAGCAAGCUGGAUUUGCCUUUUACAGUAUACAGUAUGCAAAAAUGUAGGACAAUAGCAUGUGAAAGAAUUAAAUGUUUUAUAUCCAUGUCUAGAUGUUUAAAAAUAAUCUAUGUACUCAUAUAUCUGAUAGUUCAUUCAAUACUUCAAAUUUAAUUAAUACUAAAUAGCUGCUCCAUAAUUGCCUACUUGCUGUUUAGGGUCAACAUUUUUAGAGUUGAGCAUUUCAAGCUGCUGGUAAACCAAUAACCCUGUGACAGGUUUUGAGAGCACGUAAAAUUUAUCUUCCUUGAGACCUGAUCUGUUUCUACAGGUCAUGACCCUUUCUAUCAACUUCUUCUAGUCAACAGUCUAGCCUACUGUCUUUCAGUGGUCAUUCAGUGGUUAUUCCUAACUCUUUGAUUUAGACAUUCCAUAUUCUAACCAAAACAUCAUUGGAAUUCCAAGGCAUACAAAUUAGGAUUUAGGAAGAAAUACCCUAAUUUUCUUAUGUUACAACUUUUGCCUGAUGAACUGAACACACAAACUAGUUUUUGCUAGUUCACAAUUACAUAUAUUUGGCUUGGGUAUCAUGGUAUAAGCACAAACAUGACCCUAGCUACCUUGGCUGCAAAAAAACACUAAUGUGGCAGAGGUUUGGAGAGAAUCAAAGCUAAAAAUUAGCACACAUUCAAAAAUAUCAAACUUGUGAAAUCUGAGUUGAUGUCUACUUCACACCUAUUAGGAAUCAGAGUAUUUCUGUUAUUUGAGUAAUGAGUAUUUAAAGAGAGAAAUUACUGCCUUAGUCAUCUCAUUUUAAACUUGGAACAAUUCUUCUUGGUACUCCUCAUUGUUCAGUUUUAUUUAUGUUAUUUAUAGAGACUCUGUGUGGAAUCAUGGAUGUUGUAAGAAGUGUUAUAUUCUUUGAUACAGUGUUUUUCUGUGACUCUCCACAACUCACCAAAAUGUAGGCACUUUCCCUGUAUAGUCAAGCCAUUGAACACAACAAACACCAACCGACCCAAACAUGGAGCCCAACUGGGACAUCUCCGGAACCACGUCCUCAUUCUGCCACAGUCAAUGAACCAUCUCAACCUGGAGGUUCUGCAGACUCGCCUCGUGGACUGUAGCAAAAUAAAACUAUAAUCUGCCAACACACCAUAACAGCUAUUAAAAUAGGAUAUUUUGAAGUUGUAUGUUUUUUCUCUCUCGCUGCUGCUGUCAUUUAGAGAAUAAACACGGUCUGAUGUGAUUCUAUAUUUUUUAAAAAACUAUUAUAAUAAAAUAUCUAAACUUCAA